AUGGCUUUCUUAGGGUCAAUCAUCAAGCCAUUGGCCUACAUGUCUCUCCCUGUCGUCAUCAUUCGUUCCCUAUGCACACGGUCACCAGCGGUUCGGUACUACACGCGCCUGGGUGUCUAUCUCGGGGCAAUGGCUGCAGUGGCGACCUGCAGCAUCUUCAUUGCUGCCGGCAUGUCAAUCCUCGGACGCAAAUACGACGCAAACUGGGUUGUAGCUCGGGUAUUCGACGCAACUGCGGGCCGCUUAAUGGGCAUUGAGUGGGAGGUAGAGGGCGAGGAGCAUCUGCAGACAAGGCCAGCCGUGAUGAUGGGGAAUCAUCAGAGUAUGCUCGAUAUUCUUGGGUUGGGCAGGAUGUUCCCUCAGCGCGCCGCUAUGGUCGCAAAGAAAGAGCUUCGACUUACUCCCUUGGGCCCGUGGAUGACACUGAGUGGUGCCAUUUGGCUGAACCGUGGCAACAGUGCUAGCGCUGUCCGUUCACUCGAGGCGGCCGGCGAAGAAAUUAAACGCGAAAAGCUCUCACUCUGGAUAUUCCCUGAAGGGACACGACAUUCAUCGGAAGCACCUGACAUGCUUCCUCUCAAGAAGGGGGGCUUUCAUCUCGCUGUACAAGCAGGGGUACCCAUUAUUCCGGUCGUGUUCGAGAACUACUGGCGGUUGUACCAUCGGGGUGUAUUCGAGGGAGGAAAACUGAAGAUCCGAAUUCUGCCACCUAUACCAACGGCGGGUCUCACCACGAGUGAUGUACACAGUCUAGCGACGCGCGUGCGGGAUCAGAUGCUGGAGGCAUUACGUGAAAUCUCGGUCAAGGUCCCUGCCGCUCAAGCGCCUGCGAGUGCGACGUCGAAGGCGGCAGGAAGUUCCGUACAGCCGGGGUCAGGUGCUUCACCGCAGGCCCCCGUCUCGGAGAAGCAGGAAAGUACGUUGGGACUGGGAGAUGCUCCAGACGUUUCUGUGAGCGGGAGCCAAGGAUCUGGCGAAUCACUAAGCACGGAUCCAGCCUCAGAUGCCCGGUCUGCCUCCCCCACACGGUCGCGGACGUCGGAGGCCAGCGAGAACGGCACGGAGACGGAGGAAGACGAAGGGAUGGUGCUUGUUGGCCGGCCUGCUUAA